AUGUUCCUUUUACGGAUCGCAGAGGCUCUUGUGACAAGUGAAGAAUCUCAUUUAGCAUUAUCCAAUGCGUAUAGAAAAGAAACUGUUGAAUGUGAGCAAAGAAUUCAUAAGUUUGAGGAGAGAUUAUCUCCAGAAAGUGAUAGGUUAUUAUCUUCACCUCAACCAACCGAUGCUACUCUUACCAGUCAACCGGUGCUUGAAGGAAGUGAAAAGUUAUCUCGAAUAUGUUUAAAUUCCUCAGUUGAUUCAUCUAUACAUAGUCCUGCAUCUUUUACUACAACAUCUGCACAAUGUAUAAAUUCUUCUAGGACUAGUCCUUAUCCACCUGCUUCUUCAAACCCGGUACAAUUUAUUGAUAAUCAUCCUUCUAAGCAGGUUCAUCAAGGAUUAUUAUAUAAUUUGCUCAUUUCUAAAGAAAACUCUUCACAAAAUUCAGUAACCUCGAAAAAUUCACUUUCUACUUCUCCCGGUCAAUCACUUGUGGAAAAUAAUGAGAAAUCAAGUGAUUUGAGAAUAGACAGUCCACUAUCAAAUUCUCCAGUGUUAUCCUCUUCUUUCGUAACUCCUCAUCAUAUGAAUACAAGUAAUCAUUGUGUUUCGGUUAAAAACUCUACAGUGUAUUGUAAUUUACGUCAUCGAGCAAACUCUUUUGGAUGUAAACUUCCCAAUAGCCGACCAUAUACCCGACCACAUGCUUCAUCUGUUGGUGCAGCUUCCGAUUUUUAUCCUAAUCUUAAGGCUCGUGUACAACAUCGUCGUCAUUUGGAAGGAGCAAUAUCUGAUUCAAUCUUUUCAAAACCAAAAGGCACAUUGUAUCAUCGAGCACUUUCAAAGUCACAUGAAAAUGCAAUGAAUAGCUCGCAUAUUGACACUCGUUCACAAAGUUUAAGUGCUAUUCUACCUCAAAGGUCUAGUGUUUCCUCGUCCGGUAUAUCUAGUCCUCGAGUUCAUCAGCAAAGUUUGUCUGCUCAAGCUAGAAUCAUGGAUGUUUCUUCUGAUCUAACUACUCCACAAAUCUCAGGGUUUGGUUCAAUCGGCCUACAACAAUCUCCUCAAACGUCAUCUCUGUCAAAUGAUUCUGGUUCUGAAGAGCCGAUUGAUCUCACUGGUUAUUCUAUGGUUUUGUCACCAAGUAUUACUUCAUUUUCUUUACCUUCUACUAUACCCGGUGUUUUUGAUAAACAAAAUGGAAAUUGUCCUUAUGUACAGUUAGCUAAGAAAACUGCUCGUCCGGUGCAAGCACGAAUUACCGAGUGGUUACGACAAAUCACUGAGUUUGUAGCUCUUUCCACCCCUCUUGUUUCAACUUUGAAACCUAAAUUAUGGACUUUAAAUGGUUUAUCUAAACAAGUACAUUGUUUAAAUAAGAAAAAUGAUAGUUUACCUUGGUUAUCUUUACUUGGACAGUGUUGGCAAAAAUUGUUAGCGUUAAGUAUGGUUGAACAUUCUCUGGAUGUUGUUGUCGUUGAAGACAAGUCACAAUAUGAAGAGGAUAAAAAGUACCAGAAUCCUAUUCAACUUGAAAUUCCAUGGUCUUUACUUCCAGAUAUUCAAAAAUGUGGAGUAACAAGAAAUAGGCGACCUGAUCGAAAAUUUGCUAAUGAACUCCUUCAGUCCUUAUCAGAAAUACGUCAAGCUGGUCUAAGUGCACAAGAAUUUUAUCUACUACGACAUGUGAUUCUGUUAACGGUUGAUGAGCCCGAUACUCUACCUACACUGGGUUUAAAUGUAAUUCGUGCUUCAAGGUGUAUGGAUACCAAUAGAAAUGAUCAGUCAAAUGCUGUUGCUAAUCUACUAAAAGAUGGAACUCAGGUGCCUAUUCUAUCUCGAGACAAUGUUCCACCUACUGUCACCUUUGAUUUAGCCUGCUUAGCCAGUGGACUUAAAGGUCUACAAGUUAUGUGCCCUUAUCGGAUAGCAAAUUUAUUUUGUGGUCAUUUGCGCAGCACUUCUAUUUUGAAUCAAACUUUCAUUCUUGAUAUGCAUCUAAAGUAUUUGUCAGCACUUAAAGAUUUACAUACAUUGUCUGCUUCAACACAAAUCACCGCCAAUAUCGUUGUCAAUAAUGGUAGCAGUAAUAAUGGUAAUAAUAACAGCAAUAAUAAUAAUAAUAAUGGUACGAACAACAACAACAACGACAACAAUACGAAUAAUAAACAUUCCUCGUUUGAAAAGACACCGGUAAACAGAAAAAGCAUCUUGGAACAAUUGUUUGAUAGUGCUUGA